GAGGGAGAGCUUUGAUGAUAGGUCUUUGAAAGGUCUCAUAGUCUGCUACCAUUUACCAAGACAUGGAUCAACUCUGUCUUCUCCUUCGCAAGUCUCUUCACAUCACCUGUCGUAGGAGACAGAGGGAACAUCAAGCGACAAGGAGACGCCAAAAGCCGAGUAAGGAGGCCGUCGGGUGCGGGAGCGGGAGCGGUCCAAGCUCGCGAGGGACACAGGAGUGGGUGAUGGAAGGACGAAGGCCGGCGGCGGGGGCGGUAGUCUACCUUCGAGAUCGUGUUCGUCGGUUGGUGGCGUCCGCUUCAAUGUAGAGGUGCCGUCGAGGCGGAGCAGGAUCCCCUGUUCACCGCCCGGGCCUGACCUAAAGGAAGCGUCACAUGACAUCAUCACAGCGGGCAUCUCGGUUUCGAUCGUCCUGCUCCGUAUCGCCAACCCUCGGCUGAAAGGGUGGCCAGGACAGCGGGUGAGAUCCAUGUGAGUGGCUGCAAGCUUCCAGGGCUCUGCCGUUACCACCAGUCUCCUUGCGUCCCCUCCGCUGUACUCGACUUUACCCAAAGGUAAUUCCUUCGGACGGGCAAAAUUUACUCGCUCCAUCUCUGCAGAAUUUGGGAUCGGAUACGUUGGCGGAGGUCACUUGGUUGAUGUCACACAGGUGGAUGAAGCAGCAUGUACUUUUUAGGACACGGGUUGCGUGACCUUUGCACGAGUUGACUCACUCAGCUGCUUCUUAUGAUAUUGUGACACGAGGAGCAUUUAUCUCGGGAAACUUCGGUCCACCCAAGAUUUUGACCAAUCCAACUUGCUAUCACCAUCCUCUCGCUGGUCCCACUUGGACUCGGUGGAUUCUUGGUAGCAUUUUCCAGCUGUAGAUAGCCCAGAAGCUUGGUCUGACUCUAGCUUGGCGAGUCUUCCCUCUCUUGUGUUGUCUUUCUUCUGCAAUAAUCGAAGCUCCACCUUCCCUGUGCACCUUACCCUUCGGCCAAGCUCGAAGGACUCCCCAGGUCCACCUAAAUUAUUGGAUGUUGUUGCUCUUCCCAGCAAAAGAUCUCUGCUUUCUUCCAGAGUUUCCAGUGUCUGUCAAAUCAAAAUUUGGAUGAUUACUGACAAGAUGAAGGUGAUCUUUAUGCUGAUUUUGGCCUCUCUGUAUUUUUGCGUUCAAUCUGAUCGUCCAGAAGUAGUGCUUUAUGAGAUAAAAAUACAGCUUCAAGAUACUGAUAACCAGCUUUCUACUUGGGCCCCUAAUCAAGUUAGUCCAUGCACAUGGAGCAACGUGCAGUGUGACGAUAGCAAUAUCAAUGUCAUUCGAGUGAUGCUGCCUUCAAUGGGAUUCAAUGGAAUCCUGUCGCCUAAAGUUGGAGAACUUGUAUAUCUUGAAGUACUGGAGCUCUCGGGUAACAAUAUAACAGGUAAUAUUCCUGGAGAGCUCGGAAACCUAUCAAGGUUGACGAGCCUGAAACUACAGAAUAAUCGGUUUACUGGAGAGAUACCAGCAUCCCUUGGGAGGCUUCCUAAACUAAAAUUUAUGGAUUUAAGUGAAAAUCAUUUAAAUGGAAAAAUUCCUGAUUCUUUGUCAUCCCUCGGAAGCUUGACUGAUAUAUUGCUUCAUUUACUGUGUGUUGGCAGUAAUCUUGCUUACAACAAACUCACUGGUGGCGUACCCAAGCAGCUAUAUCAAGUGACCAAAUUCAAUUUUACAGGUAACUAUCUUAGUUGCGGUGCAAACUUCUCGAAUCAAUGUGAAUCCGACUUACUUGAUCAAGGAGGAUCCCAUAAUUCAAAGAGAACAUUGUUGCUCGGAGGUAUUGGAGGAGGUAUAGGGCUCGUAUUGGCAACUGUUUUAUUUCUUCUUUGGAGAAGCCGGAAGAAGGAUUAUCUACAUGAUUUGUUUGUUGAUGUUGCAGGUGAAGCAGACUACAAAAUCGAAUUUGGACAAUUGAAGAGGUUUUCAUGGAGGGAAUUACAAAUUGCAACUGAUGACUUCAACGAGAAAAAUGUUCUUGGACAGGGUGGUUUCGGCAAGGUAUACGUAGGAGUACUUUCAGACAAUUCCAAAGUAGCCAUAAAACGGCUAACUGAUCAAGGCAAUCGUGCUGGGGAAGAUGCUUUUUUACGUGAAGUUGACCUAAUAAGUGUUGCUGUUCACAAAAAUCUUUUGCGGUUGAUUGGUUUCUGUAUGACACCGACAGAACAACUUCUUGUUUAUCCUUAUAUGCAAAAUUUGAGUGUUGCCUAUCAGUUACGAGAACUUAAACCUGGUGAGCCAGUGUUAGAUUGGCCAAGAAGGAAACAAGUGGCUAUGGGCACAGCACAUGGACUGGAAUACCUUCAUGAACAUUGCAAUCCCAAGAUUAUACACCGUGAUGUAAAAGCUGCAAAUAUCUUGCUUGAUGAGAACUUUGAAGUGGUUAUCGGUGACUUUGGCUUGGCCAAGUUGGUGGAUGUGAGAAAGACUUCGGUGACAACUCGAGUUCGGGGGACGAUGGGCCACAUAGCACCCGAGUAUCUUUCCACUGGAAAGUCCUCAAACAAAACAGAUAUUUUUGGUUACGGAAUCAUGCUCCUUGAGCUUGUCACAGGGCAGCGUGCUAUAGAUAUUUCGUUAUUGGAUGAAGAUGUGUUAUUACUUGACAGAGUGAAAAAGCUUUGGCGGGAAAAUCAACUCGAACUCAUUAUUGACCCCAACCUAGACAAGAAUUACGACAUUCUGGAAGUCGAAAAGUUGUUCCAAAUCGCUCUUCUAUGCACACAAGCAUCACCGGAAGACCGUCCGAUCAUGUCAGAUGUAAUCCGGAUGCUAGAAGGUGAAGGCUUGACGGAGCGGUGGGAGCAGUUGCAACAAGUUGAGGUGACUCCAAAGCAGGACUACCAGAGGAUACAAAAGAGAUUGAAUUGGGACGACGACACAUCGUAUAACCAGGAAGCUAUCGAAUUGUCUGGUGCAAGAUGAUGUGUGGAGACCUGUAACUACUAGGGUUUCCGCCAUCUCCGGUGGAACUCCAGGAGGGGUAGACCUUCAAUUUGAACUGACAAAGGUAACACUACUAACUUUAAACCUUGGAUUUAACAUUUGCGUAUAAUAUGGAUCUAACAAGCGAUAAUACGUAAUUAGCCGCUCUUACUGUUCGUUCACAUA